UGCUGUGCAAUGAUUAAAUGAGCAUGAAUUCAGUGAAUGUGUGUGAUGGAGGCCCUCAGUGAUGAAUGACUUGUUUAUAUAAAAUCUAACAAAGAUGGGCGGGGCUCUUCUUGUUUUCUCAUCUUCUAUUGGCUGUGAACAAACACCGACUCUAAUUGGCUGGCGUUAACAGGAGGCGGUGCAGUUAGACACAAACACAUUCAGACUCAGGCCCCAAAAUGAACAGUUACGCCUGUGCGUGCUGUAUGUGUGGAUCCAAAAUGGCGGCCGCGCAGCUCAGUUGCAGUGUUCGUUUUGUUUGGCUGGCUCAGCCCUGGUGGGCGGGGCCGCUGCGGGGCUGAAGUCACAUGAUCCGCGCAGAGCCAGGCUGACCAAUUCCAAUAUGGUGGCCAGCUUGGCAGGUCUACGGUUCCUGUUGAUGAUAUUGUUGUUCUGCGGGAUCAGGUACGGCGCCUGCAGCCAGGAAGCUCCGCUGGUUCUGGGCCUGCGAGUGGAAGAUCCGGCGGGUCUGGUGUGCAUGAAGGGUCGGAUCAUCUCGGCGCCAGAAGGAGCCACGUUCCGGAUCCGUCUCUUUGGGACUGAGCUGAAUGGAAGCUGGCCGUGGGUGGCGUUCGCAGGGGCAGCUGGCGGGGCGGCCGGGGCGGUCGGGGAUGCGCCUGACCCGUGCGGGCAGGAGCCCAACCGUCACGAGUCCGCCUUCCAGGUGACGGGUGACUUCGCCCCGGAUGAGGAGUACAGCGGGCUGAUAACGGUGCAGGUCCAGAAGAGGAGCAUCGCUACGGGAGCUGGCAGCGGACAGACCUUGCACCACCUGUGCGUGCUGAGCGGAGGGAAGUGGGCAUCCGCGGGCCCGGACAGGCUGCGGGUCAUCACCGACAAGGGUCUGCCCGCAGACUACAUCCCGCCGUGGGGUCUGGCCGUGCUGGUCGUGGUGCUGCUGCUGGUGUGCGGGCUGCUGAGGACAGUGAACCUGAGCCUGCUGUGGCUCGACCCCGUGGAGCUGUACGUCCUCCACAGCUGCGGAUCCGAGGAGGAGAAGCGGGCCGCCAAGCGCCUGGAGCCGAUCCGGAGGAGGGGGAACUUCCUGACAUGUUCCCUGCUGUUCCUCUGUGCUGUUGGACACUCCGUCCUUGGCGUCCUCCUGUACCGGGCGCUGGGCUCCAUCAUCUCCGCCGUGUUCACCAGCGGCUUCCUCAUCUUCUUCCUGGCUGAGCUGGCUCCUCACAUCCUGUGCUCCGGUUAUGGGUUUCAGCUGGCGCCGGGUCUGACCUGGCUGGCCCAGGUCUGUCUGGUGCUCACCUGUCCCCUGUCCUGCCCUCUGGGGCUGAUCCUGGACCUGGCCCUGAGGAGGGACAUCAGCACCUGCGGGAUAAGGGAGCGGGCCAUGGAGAUGAUCCGCACGAGUGUCAACGACCCCUACAGUGAGUUUGUGAAGGAGGAGUUCAGCCGCGGGAUGCUGCGCACUAAGACGGUGGAGGACAUCCUGACCCCCCUGAAGGACUGCUUCAUGCUGCCCAGCUCCGCCGUGCUGGACUUCUCCACCAUGUCUGAGAUCAUGCAGAGCGGAUACACCAGGGUGCCCAUCUACGAGGAGGAGAGGUCCAACAUCAUAGAAAUCCUGUAUGUGAAAGACUUGGCUCUGGUGGAUCCGGACGACUGCACCCCCAUGACGACCAUCACCAAGUUCUACAAUCACCCGCUGCACUACGUCUUCAAUGACACCAAACUGGACGCCAUGCUGGAGGAGUUCAAGAAAGGUAACUCUCACAUGGCCAUCGUCCAGAAGGUGAACAACGAGGGGGAGGGGGAUCCGUUCUACGAGGUCCUGGGAUUGGUCACGUUAGAGGACGUUAUCGAGGAGAUCAUCAAAUCAGAGAUCCUGGAUGAAUCUGACGGCUACUUGGACAGGAAAGUGAAGCGUCCCCUCCCUCCGCUGGAGAUUCCUCUGGAGCCUCGCAGCGUCCACGAGGAGUUCUCUCUCUUCAAGCCUCCAGAAGGAGAACCCAAGAUCCGCACCUCGCCGCAACUCCUGCUGGCUACACACCGCUUCUUGUCCAGAGAGGUGGCGCACUUCAGCCCCGGACGCGUGUCUGAGAAGAUCUUGUUCCACCUGCUCCGUCACCCCAGCGUCAACCAGGAAGUGCACUUUGACCCAAACAACCGGCUGAGCCCGGGUCACUAUCUCUACACGCGCAACCACCCGGUGGACUAUUUCAUCCUGCUGCUGCAGGGUCGUGUGGAGGUGGAGAUCGGUAAAGAGGGGCUCAAGUUUGAGAACGGAGCGUUCACAUAUUACGGCGUGUCUGCGCUGACGCUGCCAUCUUCAGUGCACCAGUCUCCAGUGUCGACCCAGCGUCACUCUCCCAGGGAUCCGUUUGAGUCAGCAGACGCCACAAGCCCGUCCAGUUAUUGUCCUGACUACACCGUCCGAGCGCUCACCGACCUGCAGCUCAUACGGGUGACACGUCUGCAGUAUCUGAACGCUCUCAUGGCGUCGCGGGUCGGUCAGAGUCCAGAUCCUCCUGAGAUAAAGAUCCUGCCCAACAGUCAGACCAAGCUGCUCAACGACAGAAACACCACACAGCAAGAGUUCCCUGUGAACUUUUCAUUCUUUGAUACCAUUGAGAACUACUGUUAGUAUUUCUUUUGCAUGAGGUGGCAGUAGCGCCCAGGAGAGCUCCACAGAAGAGGAGGCUCAUGGGUAGUGCGGUUCUGACCUGCUCCAGACAAGUAGAGAUUUUUAGUUGUGUUUUUAUUGAUGAAUCAUCUAUGGCUGGAACGUAGUUAUCGGACACGACUGGAGUGAGCGUGAUUUCAUGUGUCUGUUGUGUCGUCUCAUCUCCAUCCCCAUUCCUUCAUGUGAUCUCACUUAUUAUUUCAAGCUGUUUUAUACACUUUGGACUCUGUGUAAAUAUACAGAAAUACUUUUUAUUUUAAUUUGGGGGUGCCUCCCUUCCAGGUCUGAACUUAAGUCAUUAGCAUCGCCAUGAUUCCUCGCGUUUGCCUGUCUGGGUGCCAAAGCUACAUGUGUGUGAUGUGUGUGUGAGUGUGUGUUGUUUGUGUCCGUGUGUACUGAAGCAUCCGUCCGUCUGAGACACACUCGCUGGUUAAAAGCAGAUUUGCACGUAAAAUUUGUGCACUGUUGAUGUGAUUAAGCUAUUUUACAAGCUGGAAGCUACGUCCAUGUUUUUAUACCCUCACAUUACGUUGCUGUCAGACGUCGAGGAUCAUUUCAGCUGUCGUGGUUAGUUUAUAGUUUCAAUAUUCGUAUGGAGAAUGAGAGGUGAAGGACUUCCAAAGGGGGGACAGGAUGUAACCAAAGUAAAACGAGAUUAAACACUCCUUGCUAACAAUUUUAACAUUUUUUAAAUUUUAACAGCCCUGAUUAAUUAAUAUUUAAAUUUAAACAGAACUGAAUUCAUAGCAUUGAACCAUUUUACCUUGAAAAUUAUGUAUCCAAAUUUAUUUAUUUUAGAAUUCUUUGAAAUUAAAAUAUGAAAUAUCUUGAUAUUUGCAGUUAUAAAAAAAUGAAAUAGAAUAUACAUUGGUGUUAACAAAUUCAGACUCCAAAUUCAAGUGUUAGAAAUAAAUAAAAAAAAUAAAUAAAAAAAAGAAAGAAAUUAAAUUAAAAACAAAUUCAGGUUACUCAAAUUUGAUGGGUCAAAUCAAGGUCUAAAAAUUCUAGUUAAAAAUAAAUAAAAUUUAAAAAUAAAUUAAAAAUAAAAUAACACAAAAUAAAAUAAAACAAAUACCACCACCUGGGCUACCCAGGCAGGAUAGGCAUUCCAGCUUGUUUAGAUCUAUAUUUGACCAAUCAAAACUGAGCAACCUUUAUUAUUAUUUUUUAUCAUAAAACUUCAAUUUUUGGAUCUGAAUUUGUGAACAUUUAAAAUCAAAUUCUUCCUGAAACUGCAAAUCAAUAAUUUUUAUAUCAUAAUUUACAAAUAGAACAUUCAGAACAAAUAAAUUCGGAUACAUGGUCCUCAAAGUUCAAUAAUAAUAUUCUAUGGUCAAAUUCAGAUCUUAAAAUUCAAGUAACAAGAAAAUAAAAAAAUUCAAAUAGCAUCAUACGGGCUACCCGGAGAGGAUAGGAAUUCAAGCCUGAAUAUUUUUGUAAGUCGAAUUUUACUGAUGUUGUAUUUCAAUUUUCCACUUGUUUAGAUCUAUAUUUGACCAAUCAGAAUUGAGAAACCUGAAUUUAUUUCUUGAAAUUAUGGAACUUGAAUUUUGGCUCUCAAUUUGUGGAGAAAAAAAAAAAAAAAAAAUCAGAUUCAAUCAAAUCAAAUUCAGAUUUAUGGUUCUCAAAGUAAAAUACUUCAAUGCUGUGAACUCAGCUGUGUUUGAAUUUCAAUUUUAACUAUUCAGCGGCUGUUAAAAUUCAAAUAUUUAUGUCACCUGUUUGCUUCCACAGUAUUGUUUAUUUUGCUGCACAGUAUCUCAGAAUCAGCUGCAGUGAUCGAGGAUAAAUUCCGCAACAUAAACUGAUCUAAAAUAACAAGUACUAACAGAAGAGUACUCAGUAGGGCUGGGUAUGAACCUUAGUGUUUUGUUUUGUUUUUUGUCGUUUUUUUUUUUUUGUGCCGAUUAAAUUUCAUAACCUGUUGAGUAUCAAAUGUACGGAAGCCGAGAACAGCUUUGCUAGCAAUUACUUUUUUAAUGCCGUGAUCAUGAGUUAUUUUGUUAUCUUGUUAAAACAAGAUUUGUUUUCUUAAUAACAAGAUAAUCAUUAUUAAUAUCAAUGCCAUUAUUGAUUCUGCUUGUCAAUCCCAUUCUUUACCAAUUUCCUUUUUAAUUCCGGAUCAGUUUUACGAGUAAAGAGUAGGCCUACACAGGUGUUCAGAGUCAACGCAACUGUUUUAUAUCGGAGUCUGAACACAGUGUAGAAAAAAGGCAUACAUGUGAGUCAGGUGUGCAAAAGCUCCUAUUUUUGUUAAAUCGUGUUGGAAAUGUCCAAAAAGUACCGUUACAUGAAAAAAAGCAAAAACAAACAUUGCAGCACUUUUUACACACUACACAUUUUAUCGCAUAAAUAAGGAGGAAAAAACAAACUUGCAUUGGUAAGAGAGCUCAGAGGCAAACAAUUUCAAUGGAUCAGACAAUAUGGAAGUGGUUGUCAGAUCCCAUCUCAAGUAUUCAAAUACCAGACGCUCAUUUUUCAAAUUCUCCAUAAUAACCCCAUGAUAUAUAUUAUUUUCGUGUCUCGGGACAUACGGCUUUCGUUUUCUUAGUAAUCGACAUAAAUUAACACUUUAUUACAAGAAAACGAGCUUUGUUAUCUCGAGACAAUUAAAUAAUUUGUGAUGUGGAGAUAAUGGCAUUAAAAAAAAUAAUUGCGAACAUGGUCGUUCUCGACUUCCGUAUCAAAUGUAUGAUCAGAUUUAUAAUCUGUUUUUUAAAAAUACCGUCAUCAAAUAGUUUAAAUCAAACAUUCACAUUUUUCGACUGUAUUUAUUCUUGAACAGCGGCUUGUGUUUGGACAAUAUUUAACAUUUGGGAUCGUCAAGUUUUCAAGUUUAAUGGAAGAAAAUGUUUUGUAGAAAACUGAAACAAUUAGUGUAUUGACAAAAUAUUAAUUAACAACUGCUUUAAUCGUUUCAAUCCCUCAAACGGUCAAAUAAAACAAGGAAUUUGAAUAAGUACACAUAAAACUCCUGGACCGCAUAUUUUCAGACAAAGCUAUUUAUCAACAAGACAAUCAGGAGAUUAACUGAUAAUAAAAUAUUUGUGUUUCUUAAAGUAAAGUGAAUAUCAGUACCAAAACUCAGGUAUAAUAUCAGCGCUCGUAUUGGUACAUUUUGAAUGAUAUCCAGCCCUACUGGUUAUUAAUUCCAUUUGAGUCACAUUACUGUAGCAGAUCGCCAUAAGAUAAACAAUAAUUUUGAUAAUAAAAUAAUCCUUUACAUCAUUUUUUUAAGCAAAAGGUGCCAAACAUUUACUGGUUCUCAAAUGUAAAGAUCUGCAUUGUAAUUGGAAGAAAAAAAGCCAUGUUGUUACUUUUUAUAGAGUAAACCGAGCUAAUUGGUUCAGCAAAAAAACAAUUUGGAGAUUAUUUUUGAAUCACAAUAAUUGUUAAUUGCAGCUCUAUGUUAUAUUGUCAUUGUGGGAUGGGUUGAGAAUAAAGCUGGAGAUAUUCUCCUACUUUGAUAUGUCAACAAAUCCCAUGAAAAAAAAAGAUCACUAAGUUUGUCUUAAAACCUUUUGACAUCCUGUUUUUGACUCUUACUGAAGAUGUAAUCCUUAAAAGACAUGUCAGAUAUUAAGUUUAGUUUGUAAAAAGGCUCAGUAAUUUCCUCAAACAGCUGCUCGCUGAUGUUUUUAUCAAACUAACAGGAGGAAAUGGGGACUAUAUUUUCAGCCGCGGAUUAAUCCACAUUUGGUGCUCUCUAUAGUGAGUAAUUGUGGCAGCAGGAUGUUAGAUGUGCAUGCGCCCAUAUUAAUGAGGGAACAUGUUGAACAAUGCAGCAGUGUGGCUCACUGAUGUGUCCUUAACAGUUUUCGGAUACAAGAGGAAAAAGAUUUAUCAGCCUUCGGAGGAGAUUCACUUACAAAACCUAGCUUCUUGUUUGUUAUCCUGUCCGUGUUAUGAUAUAUAUUUGCAUUCCAGUACAUGUUGACAUCCGUCUGUUUUAUUCGUCUGUCUAGGAAUGUGUGUGUGUGCGUGUUCUUGUACUUACUGUAUAGUGAGGACCAGGGUUUUUAACCAACAAAGUGAGGACAUUUUGUCCGGUUCUCAGUUCUAUAAAACCCUGUUUGAGAGUCAUAAUUUGGUUUUAAGGUUCACACUGUAAUUACGUUAAGGUUACAGUGAGGUUAAGGGGCCAGGGAAUCUAUUUUGUUGGUGGGGAUCCUCUCAAAAAUAAAAGUACAAGAAUGUGUGUGUAUACUUGUACUUGUUGCAUAGUGAGGACCAAAGUUUUUUAACCGACAGACUGAGGACAUUUUUGUACAGUGAGGACAUUUUGUCCAGCGCCAACCUCUUAAAUGACCUGUUUAAGGGUUAAAACUUGGUUUUAAGGUUCAGGUUACAAAUAGAUUUAGGUUUAGGUUAAAAAUAGGGUAAGCGGCUAGAGAAUGCUUUAUGUCAAUGGAGGUCCUCACGAAGAUAGAAGUACAAGAAUGUGUGUGUGUGCCAUACAAUAUUUCACUAAUACAUGUCAGCGAGCAAGCAUCCAGUCCCCACCUUAACUCCACUACCCAUGCUGUAUGUUAAUGAUAGCGUAACAUGCAUUUUAAUCAGUCAUUGUUGCAUGUGUGUAAAAAUGUGGAAUAUGUCAGAAAUGGCCUCUAAAUAACCCUCCAUGUCCUCCGUGUUUGUACAUUAAUAUAUUAGCGAUAAGUACAACUCUCUGAGCCGUUGGACAGGAUAAACAAAAUCUGUGUUUUAAAGUACAUUUUAAUGCAGUACUCACAUGCUCCUGUGUGUGUUGACAAAGUCACGGGUCCUCUUGUCGACUCCUUUGUGCUCUGAAUACACUGUAAAAAGUAAGGACAAAACAAAUGUACAGAUGUUUUGCAGUGUUCAGUGUUCAAGUUUGAGGUGGCAGCAUGCUCAAAAAGAAGUAGUUUGAACGAGGUAUCUUUCGACCACGGCCACACUCGAAGGUUUUAAUUAUUUAAAUUUUUGCAUAACAUUAGUGCAGUUGUAAGAGCCUUUGUUUAAGUAAAAAGUACAAAUACCACAAUGGGAAAAUAUUCCACUUAAGUAUUUUCAGCAAAAGUAUUGAUUGUGCAGUAAAAUGUUCAGUUUAUCACAAAAAUUUAAAAUCAGCAUACCUGGAGAUACAUUGAUUUCAAUGGACAGGAAGUAAUUAAAACUGUCGGAAUAAACCUAAUAUAUACCUCUGAGAUGUAGUGGAGUAUAAGUAUAUGGUGGCAUAAAAUGAAAAAAUUCAAGUAAAGUCCAAGUACCUCAAAUUUGUACAUAUGUGCAGUAGGUAAGGAAAUGUUCUUAGUUACGUUCCACCACUCCAUUAGUUCUCCUGCAGUUACUGGUCUAAAUUGAGACUGCAUUUUGGCACAGAACAAGAGGACUUUGAAUUUUGUCGCCCUUUUUUAACAGUGUAGUUGCAGCACGAGGGGAUUUCCUCCUGUAUGAAGAGACCGAUUAUACUCUCUGAACAUACAGUACAUAAAGUAUUUGCAUGUGAGUAUUGUGUUGAAAUAAACCUGAUAAAAUCUGAACCUUAAAGCAGCAGCAGGGUUGUUUAGGAGUCAGCUCUGUGUUACCGGCUGUGUUACGGUGUUACAUUAGCACCAUUUAUUUCUCUUUUUGUCUGUUUUGAUUCGUUCUGUGUUACCUUCAUCGCCAUAUUCCGGGAGAAAUCUUCUGACUGUGUGAUUCUGAGUAAAUAUUUUUCAGCUGUUUACUUAUAUUUUGUUUCGUUGUAAUAAGUUCAUUUCUAUGGUAUCAGAAGACUGAAUGUAAAAAGAUAAUCAUUACUUUGUACUUAUACUGAUUGAGAGAAAUGUUGGGUUGAUGAAGCGUGUAUUAAUAUAUGACUCCUUAGAUAGAAUAUAAUUUGAGGAUGUAGUUUAGAGGUAAUCAAUUUUCAGGUACAAUAACACUGUUACUACAAGAGUUAUUGAAAGCUAUACAGUUAAAGCAAUUCCUCUUUCUGUCCAGGUUACAUUUGUAUAGAACUUCUGUGUUUUAUUUUAUGUUAUUUUUUGGGAAUGCUGCCAGUUUCGGGUGCAUUGAGACUCCAUUACAUUUAACACUUUCAAUAAUCAAAUUUCUUAGGAAAUAAACUCAACCCUGUUCUAAA